AUGGCUCCAAGCAAACCUCCAGUGAUCCAGCAGCAACAAAGAGAUGCGUCAAGUAAACUAGACGUUAUAAUUGUCGGUGCUGGUCUAGGUGGCCUCGGUGCUGCUAUAUCUAUUCUCCUUGCAGGCCACAAUGUGCACAUCCUCGAAGUUGCGCCUGAGAUAGGAGAAAUUGGGGCCGGUAUACAAUGUCUUCCCAACAGUACCCGAGUACUCACAGCCUGGGGUCUUGAAGAGCGUCUCUCAAAACAUGCCACGACUCCGCGUUUAUGCAACAUGAUCGGCUGGAAGGGGAAUAAGAUCAGCGACAUGAACUUCCAUGAGUACGAGAAAGAGUGCGGAACACCUUUUUGGGACUUUCAUCGUGCGAAUCUGCAUUUGGGUUUGUUAGAGAGGGCACAGGAGCUCGGCGCAAAGUUGACGACGAAGACGAAGGUCGUGGAUGUUGAGUAUGAGAGCAGUGGAGAUGGCCAUAGUACGAUCGGCAUCGCAGUGUGUGAAGAUGGAAAGAGGUACAAAGCGGACCUGGUUGUAGGUGCGGACGGCAUCAAUUCAAAGUGCCGGGAAAUAUUACUUGGCCACGAGGAUCCGCCGCUUCUAACAGGAGACUUGGCUUAUAGGUUGUUACUCAACACGGAGGAUAUGAUGAAGGAUCCAGAACUGCGAGGUUUUGUGGAAGAUCCGCAAGUUAAUUAUUGGAUUGGACCAGAUGCACACGCUGUCAAUUAUGUCCUCCGUGGUGGGAAGCUCUUCAACAUGGUUCUUCUAGUACCUGAUGACAUGCCCGCUGGUGCAAACACAUUGUCCGGCAAUGUGGAGGAAAUGCGAGCCCUGUACAAAGACUGGGACCCACGGAUACCAAAAUUGCUCGCUCUCUGCGAAUCGGUGUACAAGUGGCGCUUGAUGAUCCGACCGGGCCUUGAUCCAACUUGGUCUCACGAGUCUGCGGCUUUCGCAAUACUUGGCGAUGCAGCUCACGCGACUCUCCCGUAUCUUGCGAGCGGUGCUGGUAUGAGCUUAGAGGAUGGCCAUGUGCUCGGGCUAUGCCUGGGGAGAUUGAAAGGCAAGAGUACUGCAGAGAAAAGACGGGCCUUGGCCGUAUACGAGCGUUGCCGUAGGGAACGAACUGAACGUGUUGUAUUGCGAGGAAAUCGACAGCAAUACUUGUACCAUAUUCACGACGGCGACGAACAGCGAAAGCGCGACCAACAGCUUCGUGCUUUUGCCGAGUUCAAUGGGAGGGGCAAGAUCAGCAGAGAACAGUACGAAGCAAAGGGUCUCAAUGUCGAGGAUGACCCGUUAGCAUGGCGUUGGGGUGGUGUAGGCAGUUGGCUUUUGACGUAUGUAUGCGAAGAAGACGUUGAAAAGAGGUGGCGGGAGUUUGAGCUCGAGCGCAGAGGCAACAGUGACACUGUUAAUGAAGAGAACGUCCGAUCAGUUCUGUAG